CACUUAACUAAUCUUGCCGCCACCGCAAACAGGCGCCCGAGCUCGGAAUCUCAUCUCAUCCAGUCCCUUCGGCCACUCCGCCGGCAGGUCAAGACAAAAAUCUCAUCACUGUGUACUGUAGUUCAGCGGCAGCAAAGCUCGCUCUGAUUUCGAGCUCGCCAAUGGCCGAUGGGCCAGUGACCGCGACCUCCUCCAUGGCGGUCCCCUCCGCGCGCCGUAACCGGGCGCUCCUACCGACAGUCUCCGUGGCUCGCGAGCCGGCGCGCGCGUGGGCAGCGGCUGGCGCGGAGGGAAGGGCGCGGAGAGGGAAGGAGGCUGAGGUGGAGGACGAGAAGGAAGCGGGGAGGCGGCGGAAGGAGGAGGUGAACCGGAAGAUCGCGUCCCGGAAAGCGCUGUCCGUCAUCCUCCGGCGCGAGGCCACCAAAGCGGUUCUCGACAAGCGUAAGCCCGGCAAGGGCACGCGCCGCCUCCUCCCCGGCACCGUCCUCGAGGCCCUGCACGACCGCGUCGCGGCCCUCAGAUGGGACUCCGCCCUCAAGGUGUUCGAGCUAAUGCGGGACCAGGUGUGGUACAAGCCUCACAUAGGCAUAUACAUCAAGCUCAUAACCAUGCUCGGCAAGUGCAAGCAGCCGGAGAAGGCGCACCAGCUCUUCCAGGCGAUGAUUGACGAGGGUUGCGCGCCCAACCUCCAGUCCUACACCGCCCUAGUCUCCACGUAUAGCAGGAGCGGCCGCUUCCGUGAAGCAUUCGACCUGCUUGACCGGAUGAAGGACACUCCAGGUUGCCAGCCUGAUGUGCAGACAUACUCGAUUCUCAUUAAGUCAUGCUUACAUGCUUAUGAUUUUGAGAAGGUGAAGAGUUUGCUGGCUGAUAUGGCACGAGCGGGCAUUCCGCCUAACACCGUCACCUAUAAUACAUUGAUCGAUGCCUAUGGGAAAGCAGGAAGGUUUGCUGAGAUGGAAUCAACUCUUCUGAAGAUGUUGUCACAAAAUUGCAAGCCUGAUGUGUGGACAAUGAAUUCUACUCUCAGAGCUUUUGGCAGUAGUGGUCAGAUUGAGACAAUGGAAAGCUGCUACGAGAAGUUCCAGGCCUCUGGUAUUGUCCCAAACAUUAAGACCUACAAUAUCUUACUCGAUUCCUAUGGCAAAGCCAAAAUGUAUGAGAAGAUGGGAGCUGUGAUGGAAUACAUGCAGAAGUACUACUAUUCUUGGACAAUAGUCACAUACAAUGUAGUGAUUGAUGCAUUUGGAAGGGCCGGAGACCUCGAGCAGAUGGAAUAUAUAUUUAGGCUAAUGAAAUCUGAGCGUAUAAAGCCCAAUUGUGUUACACUCUGUUCAGUGGUUAGAGCAUAUGGAAGAGCUGGGGAAGUUAAGAAAAUAAAGACAGCGUUGAGAAUCAUUGAGAAUUCUGACAUAACAUUGGAUAUUGUGUUCUUCAACUGUUUGGUGGAUGCAUAUGGGAGGGUGGGGUGCUUGGCAGAGAUGUGGGAUAUUCUUGAUUUGAUGAAGGAGCAUAGAUGCAAACCAGACAAGGUAACCUGCACUACCAUGAUCAAAUGGUUUCUCAUCAAAGGAAUCGACGAUCAUCGUGUUCAGUACCUACGUGAUCUUAAAGAUGGGCGAGCAAAAGAUGAUACAUAGGAGUGAAAACAAGAAAAACUCUUGGAGCAGUGACUUUCGUAUAUAUUUUUUUAAAGGAACGAAUGGAUCUUUCGGAGCCUCGGUUUACAAUUACAUACAUGCAUCGAUCUCACUGACUUACUACUGAAUCAAACAUUACUCAGAUACCAUGAGUCACACUGCUCACUGACUUAUGUGCUGCAAGAGCUAUAUAGGGACAUCUUAAAAAAAAGCUACUAAUGGUUGAUAAGGUUGAAGCAAAUUUUGGUGAGUGGCCAAUAAUGAACAAUACUGGAAUAUAAAGAUGAUACUGGGAAAAGGGACACGUUUUAGACGCAGAAGAGACAAGACAUGCUGGUGAAAUUGAUCAGAUUCUGCUAUCUGUUCUGACUUGAUGUAUCGACACAGCUGAACAUGACUUGUACUGUUGACUAGUGCAAAGGCUUUACAGCCUGUUUGGUAUCGACACCCCCUCACUCUUUACUUUUUGUAUGAUUUGUGGAAUGGAAUAAGUUGUUCCAUCACUAUCUGUAACGCAUAAAAUUCUAUUUUGGGAUCUGUAAGAGUUUCUCUAAAAAGAUUAAGAUGACUCUUAAUAUGGAUUCCUCACUUUUGAAGUUA